AUGCCUUCUGUACGGAAUACCAUCGUUGCGGCACUCGCCGCUUUUCCCCUAGUCCACUCCCACAGUUGGGGAGAGCAGCUCCGCAACAUCGACGACAAAGGCAAAUACGUGGGUGCCUAUGGCUAUCCGCGAGGCAUGGUCGAUCGGGGUCAGAAAGGCCCCGAUGGGAAGGAUACAGACAACUCCAUGACCUGGAGGAUGCCCGAGUCCAAUACCGAGGGCAAGGUCUUCAUCGACGCCGACCAACUACUCUGUGCACCAACGCAGCGAGAGCAAAAACAAUCCUCGGACAAGUUCCCACGCCUCAAGACUGUGCCUGGUGGCUUCGUCGCCAUCCGCUACCAGGAGAACGGUCACGUCACACUUCCACAAAACAACCCCGAAAAGCCAGAAAAAGGCGGCACCGUCUACGUCUAUGGUACAAAAGAGCCAAAGACCGACGAGAAGCUUUUCGAUGUCCUUCAGUGGACCCAGGAUGGUCAGGGUGGUGACAAGCGCGGAGUUUUGCUAGCCAUGAACGACUACGAUGAUGGCCGCUGCUACUUGAACAACGAGACCCCCGUCGCCAUGGAACGCAAGGUAGCCGACCCCGCCUACAUGGCCAACACACCAGAGACUGGCCCUGCCAACUCAGUCAUGUACUGCGAAACAGACGUGAAGCUCCCAGAAGACGUCGAGCUUGACAAGGCCUACACUUUGUACUGGGUGUGGCAGUGGACUUCUCUUCCUGGAAAGACACCAGGUCUCGACAAGGGCAAGGAUGAAUACUACAGCACCUGCAUCGAUGUCGACGUUGCAUCUCCCAAAGUCGCAAUGCAGGCUCUUGACUACGCUGACAUGUCUGAAUACGCCAUGGGCCAGCAGGAUGCUGUCAGCACUGCUGUCAGCGACUGGAGUGCGCGAACUGCACUUUACAAUGAGAUGCCGCUGAAGCGCGAGAUGGGCCCUGUUACCUCUCUUCUUUCCGGAGGAGGCGACUCUGAUGGUGGCAUUCCUUCUGCGACCGGCACCGCUCUUCCUUCUAUUCCUACUGGUGGACCACCCUUCUCCAACAGCACUCGCUCCGCCAUUCCAACUACAUCUGCGGUUGCGAUCCCAACCUUCAGUGCCCCUCCUGGUGUCGUGCCUACCCCUUCCCAGUCUGGCAACGACGGCGUUUCCGUCGUCACAACCACCGUCAUGGUCACUGUCACCGCACCUGCUGCCACUCAGCCUAUUGCGCCAGUCAUCACUACUCCUCCGGCGUCGGUCCGCAGCAUCUAUCACAAGAACGGUGCCAAGUUCCGCGGAUUGAUUUAG